GAAAGGCAGAGGCUCACCAGCGGCUCACUCCCCAGAUGCCAGGCGGAAACCAGGAGCCCAGAACUCCAAGCAGCUUUCCCACAUGGAGGUCAGAGAGCCACGUGCUUGCGCCAUGGCCUGCCGCCUCCUUGGGCAUGUGCCUGCAGGAGGCUGGAGUGGAGCGCAGCCCAGACUGGAACGCAGGCACUCCAGCGUGGAACGGGGGUGCCCCAGGGGCACCUCAACCACUGUCCAUGCACUUGCCUGCGGGUUAGUUCUGGAAUGCUCUCGACCUGGGGAUGGUAGCGCAUCGUUGUUCAUUGGUGGUCAUGUAAGUAACCAGGUACGAGUCGUUGUUUCCACAGUGGGAGCACAGCUGGGCACUGGGCGUGGUUAGGGUGGGCUGAGGGGUGGUUGUGGUCGGGGGCAGACCGGGCAGCAGGCGUGGACGGGGUUGGGGGGGUUGUACUGCUGUUGCUUGGAGACUUCAGGUCCUGGCCGAAUCUGGGACCUAACUUCUGGGACAGGCGGGUGGCAGAGGCGACGGAGUAGCUGAGGUUCCCUCCUCCUCCUUCCUCUUCUCCACCUGGGAGCUUCCGUGCCCCCAGGCCAUUCCUGGCUGGUUUUGGCUUAUCUUGUUGACAGCCCUGUUACCUCUUCCACAUGUGCAGUUAAGGUUUCUUGCUGGCUCGCAUCCGCCCCCACUCACCCAACACAGCUGCAGGAGGAAUCGGAGCUCAGCUCAGUCCUGCCUCCCUCCCUCAUCGGCUGCGAGGGCUUCAGCCACUCUCCUGUGCACCACGGACACAGGAGGAACUUGGAUUUCAGGCUGCCGGCCCAGUGUUCUCAUGGGACUCGGGGCACGGCAGAGGGGGGCGGGAACAGCCGGGAGAGGAUGCAGAGCCAGCUGCUCUGGGCCGCAGCUGGGGCGAGCGCGCCGGGGGUCCAGGACAGCGCAGGGCAACGUUAGUCCUCCCCUUGUUCAGCCCCGCCGUGGAGCAAACACUUGGCACGUGCGUCCUGCCUUCCCACCAGCCACCUGCGGCCUAACCUCUCACCUGCCAGGACUUGCUGCGGACCUUGAGCAAGCCCCUCCCCCACCCCGUCCUCAGGUGUGGAAGGAGCCCAGCCUCUGUCCUGGGAGGGGCUGCGGUGAUGCAGCACACAGGGACUGAGGGUGGGCUGGGGCAGGCACCGCCCGCACCAGCCCCGUGGCCUCUGCCCACCCCUCUCCCCCAGCCACCCCGGAAAUACUCGUAUUUACUGGGCUUGGCCAGUGUUCCGGAACCUCGUCCUCCCCAGUGUCGUCCUGGUUCUAGAAUCCCAGUGCGAUCCCAGACGGGGCACCGCAGAGCCAGGCGGGCCUGCCACCUUCCCGGCACCUCGGCGUGGCGUGAGCCGGCGCGGCAGCCGCCAGGAUGCGCUGGCAGGACCGUGUCGCUGUGCUCUUCUUCCCGCAAGGCAUGAUGCUCACCGUGGCCGCCCUGGUGCUCUUCUUCCUGAACCUGGGCGUCUUCCUCAGCGACGUGAACAACUUCUGCAUCACCCACCACUACGACCGCAUGAGCUUCCACUACACGGUCGUCCUGAUGUUCUCCCAGGUGAUCAGCAUCUGCUGGGCCGCCAUCGGGUCCCUCUACGCGGAGAUGACAAGCGACAAGUUCCUCCGGUGCUUCGCCCUGACCGUCCUGAUGCUCAAUGGAGCCAUGUUCUUCAACCGCCUGUCCUUGGAGUUUCUGGCCAUCCAGUACCGGGAGGAGAGCCACUGAGGCCUGGGGCCGGGGAUGAGCUGGCAAGGGACAAGGAAGAGGCUGAUUCGGCGUUUAAUAAAGUCUGUUGUUUAUUUCCA